AUCAGUUUGGCGCUCAAUCGCGAGUUACUGUCAGUACUAUUAUUAGUUACUACAGCCUACAGUUUGCUAGUUAGCUAUGCCUUCGGCACAGAAAUGCGUACUACCUGGAUGCGAUCAUGUACGAAACAGAUCGGUGUCCUUAUUUAAAUUUCCUAAAAACGAUCACAUCAAGAAGAGGUGGAUUAAUUUUGUGAAGAGCCACCUUGAUGGAGAGCUGAGGAUCACCACCAAAACCCGCCUCUGUAGUGAUCAUUUUACAAGGGAUAGCUUUAUAAACUUUCGUCGGAGACAACUGGGAUUCACUGAUAAUCCGCUGUUACUGGUGAAUGGGGCCGAACCGACUAUCUCCCGCCUUGGCCCUCAUCCUCCCGUCGCGCCGACAACUGGAGCCAUCAUCGGCAGUGCGUGCCCACCAAUGACGCAGUCCCUUCCGACCACAAAAGAGACCGAGUCUUUUAUGCAUAAAGUCACUCGAGAAGUUGGAUGUCAGACAGAUCACUUUGUGGGGAAAAGGACUGUGGCCACACAACUGUCUAAAAGAACACUAGCCAACAUAAAGAGUACAGGUUCUCAAGCUACUGUGGCCACAAAGAGUGUUGCUGUUGGAAACACCACAGCCAUGCUUCUUCCGCUUUGCUCUUCAACUCCAAUGUAUAUAGACAUGAUAGUCCAGAUUUGACAGUCUAACAGAACGGGACCCCAGAAGAUGACAGUUUGAUUCAUCAACCUGCAGUCUGCCUCAUAUCAUUCACGUAUACAUUAAUAAACAUAAUUUCCUAAUAUGAUUGCAUACAUAGUGUGACUUUGUUCUUGUGUCCUAAACCUUACCAGUUUUUGAAAGACAGGCAUGUCAUUUUAUCAGCACAAAUGUAA